CGUGAGUGGAGCCGCGCAUUCGUGAUUUGGUGAUAUUCUUGAUGCUUGAUCGACUCCACUCCGCGUCUUGCCCUGCGAAUGCUCGCUCUGCACGUCGAUGAUCUCGCACACCACACCAGGCAGGCAGCCUCCGACCUAGAGCGAUCUACGUGGGCGACGCUCAUCAUCCAGCUCGACACGCUUUUGGCUUGAAGCCGGCGACCGCUUUGCCAUCAUGCCACGUCACUCGAAGAACAACACCAAUGCGUCUCAUUUCACCUCCGGCGAGCGCAAGAUGCUCGCUGACCGGUGGGGCUCAAAGUCCGGUCGAUUAGGAUCCGAUAGUAUCCGCAAGUACGACCAAUGCUCCCUGUGUCUCGAUGAAGCAUACGGCCCAGUUGUGUGCAGCCGAGGACAUUUGACGUGCCACGAGUGCGCAUUGACGGAUUACAUGCAUCAGGUUCAAGAGAAUGAAAAGAGGAUGAGGGAAUUGGAAGAGUUGGAGCGGAGAUUCGAAGAGGAGAGGGAGGCUGCGAGGAGAGAAGCGCGUACAAAGGUGUUGCUGGACUUUGAGAGGAAUAGCGGCGCCUCCUCUUCCUCCCUGGCGUCUUCAAGUGCUGCCAAGAGCGUCGGCAGUUCGAAUGGUGUCGCCAACUCCGCUCUGGUCACAAUAGCACAGAAAGCUCGCUCGUCAUCGCCCACGCUCUCCUCGCUUCCAGCGCGUAUCGCAGAAGCGACUCGAGCCGCAGAGGAUGCGGCGAUGGCCGCAUUAGCAGAGGAGCAAGCUCAGGCAGCUCGAGCCACGUUCCCAAGCUACUGGGUGCCCAGUCUCACUCCCGACUCCAGCAAUCAUCAACUCUCUGCUGAAGACCUGGAGAUCAAGAGGAAGGAGAGGGCAAAGCUAGCCAAACCUAGAUGUCUCAUUGGUGGCGAACCUGGACAUGCAACCUCCACCAAGCAGCUCGUUGGUGUCAAAUUCGCACGCAGUCCUGACGGCGAGCGCAACAUCUGUCCUUCCUGUCGCAAAGGUCUGAGCAACGCAAGCCACUUGCACGUGCUGCGAAGAUGCGGCCACGUUUACUGCGCACUGUGCAUAUCUACGCUCGUUCCUUCUUCAGCUUCACUGUCUGAUGCAAAGAAAGAUAAAGCGUCAAAGACGGAGAGCAACGCCCCUGCUCAGUGCCCUGAAUGCGACACCCGAAUCAAGGAUCCUACAAAGGACAUACUUAAGCUACACAAGGAAGGCACAGGACACAUUGGUGCUGGAGGCGUGGAAGUCACUAAGAAAGGUCUCGCUUUUUUGGGCUAGCACUCGCUCCUGCUCGACAAUCGGCACAUUCGACCGUGUCUCGGAUACACGUUCAGGGAGGACAACAUGCACAUCCGAAUCUGCAGGCGCGUCUCAAUCAAGCUUGCUCUGGGGAUUUGAGCUUCGCUUUACAGCGCCAAAGCGAGUCAUGGAUUCAUCGCGUGUGACGCUGUCGCUCUACAAGCUGUCAUGCAGUCUUUCGCGUCGUUUGCGAGUGGAGAAAGCGCUUUCGCCUGCGUCAAUGGAUUCUGGAUUCACGUAGCUCGUUCGCGGCACACAUUUGGAGGUGUCGCUGUAGUGGUGCAAAAGUUUUACUCUUCGAACAGGCUUUCGGGCAAGGAUCCGCAGCUGUCCUCGUGGUCUUUCUUGAGGUUCUCGGUACCGGCCUUGAACUUGCGCAGGGCUUCCACGUCAUUCUUGGCAAAGUGAGAAAC